AUGGCUGUCGGCGGUUGGUUUCGGAAUCCUGAGCGCUUCAGGCGAGUGGAUUUUCUGCCGCCGUUCGCUAUCGACGGCCUGAGCAUCGUUGUGCAUACGGAUAACACUUCCUCAGCAUCUGCGGGCGCCUUCUUCAUCACUGCUUUCUCUACCACUGUGUGGUUUUUCAUAGUAGGGCUUGUUUGUGUGUUUACGUUUCUCAAAAUGCUUGACAGGCGCUUCGUACCCCCGGAUGAAUCUUACCAGCCGCUGCCGAGAACAUCCUCUCGGGUGCGCAGGAUGAAGCACUAUUUGUUGAAGAGUCGCAUACCAUAUCGAUUGCGAAAGGCACUGCAAAGCACACUGAGCCGUAUGGUCGGUCAAGGUGGCUACGAUCCCAUCGAGGGCAAGACGAGCUCGAGACAAUGGGUUCUCAACCUGCUCAUUGCUCUAUGCAGCCUUUUCCUCAUUUUGACAUACGAAGCGGCAAUGACGUAA